AUGGCAGAUCCAGAACCUGGGCCCAAACCUCAUGUGGCAGCAAAGUGGGCCGACUUUUACAACCGCGGCUUCCUGCCCUGGCACACUGGCGCCGCAGCGUCUCAGCUUCACGCCUACCUGACCCAGUGCCCCGCUGCGUGGCUUGAGCACGGCGACAUGCAACCUGACCAGCUGCACGUCCCACUUACGCCUCCUCUCAGCACCGAGGAAAGCCCCGCGCACGCGGCCGCGCCGCAGGCGCACGUCUGCCCGCGCUGCGCGCCGCUCAAGCCGCCCCUGCACGGCGCGGCCCUCGAGAUCGGCUGCGGCGCUGGCGCGAGCUGCGCCCUCCUGGCACGCCUCGGCAGGCGCGCGGCUGGCGUGGACAUCGCAUCGGCGGCUGUACGAACGGCGCGGGCGGGCGUCGCACGCGCAGGUGUGGCCGGCCGGUGCGUGUUUGUCCAGGCGGAUGUGCUGCAGCUGCCGGAGGGGUUCUGCUGGGAGGCAGCCCAGCGUCUGGAGCAGCAGCAGCUGGAGCAGCUGGAGCAGCUGCAGCAGCAGCAGCAGCAGCAAGAGGAGGGAGCAAGCUGGGAAUUAACUGCGACAGAACACCUAAAACGUGAACGCGGCGCAUGCCGUGGAGUGACGGCAGAUCCCUCGUCUGCAGCAAGCGGCGGUGACCUUCAGCAGCAGCAACAGCAGCCGCGCCCCGGCUUCGACUUUGUGGCAGACUGCCAAGCUUUCCACGUACUGUGGGACCAGGACCCAGCCGGCGCGGUCGCGACGCUGCACCGGCUGCUGCGGCCUGGCGGCCUGCUGAUGCUGCUGACCGGGAACGACCUGGAGCCAGACUGUGGCCCAAACACGAUGAGCGAGGCCGAGCUGCGGGCCGCGUUCCACGAGGGGUGGGAGUUUGUGUGGCUGACGCAGUCGCGGUUUGAUGAGACGCCGCACUACCGGGACGAAUUGGGGAAGCGCCCGCUGGCGUGGUGGGCACUGCUGCGGCGGCUGUGA